UCAGUGAACCUUUCUUUGAGUAACUUCCAAAAGAAUGCACCUUUAUGCUCGUUGAGAAAAUCUGAACUCUGAAGAAAAAGGAGGAAGAUGGAACAAGUUGCCAGUGUGAAGUGUCGGAAGGCUGUCUGAAACUUUCUGGGACAAAGAGGACUGUUUUAUUACCUCUCAUUCUUUGAUUUUAAUAAUAAGUGAAGAGGAGCCUCAAAGUAUUGUCAGUAAAGACGAGGAUUUCUCCUCCUGUCCAGGGCCUGUCAUGGAUGAAGAGACCCAGCACAGCCUUGAAUGCAUCCAGGCUAAUCAGAUUUUUCCCAGGAAGCAGCUGAUCCGAGAGGAUGAGAACCUGCAGGUCCCAUUCAUUGAACUUCAUGGUGAGAGUACAGAGUAUGUAGGACGAGCAGAGGAUGCCAUCAUUGCACUUUCUAAUUACAGGCUUCACAUCAAAUUCAAGGAGUCUGUUGUGAAUGUUCCAUUGCAGCUCAUAGAAAGCGUUGAGUGCCGGGAUAUAUUUCAACUUCAUCUGACUUGCAAAGACUGCAAGGUGAUAAGGUGUCAGUUUUCGACUUUUGAGCAAUGUCAAGAUUGGCUUAAGCGACUGAACAAUGCCAUCCGCCCCCCUUCGAAGAUAGAGGACCUGUUCUCGUUUGCCUACCACGCGUGGUGCAUGGAGGUGUAUGCUAGUGAGAAGGAGCAGCACGGGGAUCUGUGUCGGCCAGGAGAACAUGUAACUUCAAGGUUUAAAAACGAAGUGGAGCGGAUGGGUUUUGAUAUGAACAAUGCCUGGAGGAUUUCCAACAUCAAUGAGAAGUACAAGCUCUGUGGCAGUUACCCCCAGGAAAUCAUAGUGCCUGCCUGGAUCACCGAUAAAGAGCUGGAGAGCGUGGCCAGCUUUCGCUCCUGGAAGCGCAUCCCUGCGGUGGUGUACAGGCACCAGAGUAAUGGAGCAGUUAUUUCCCGCUGUGGACAGCCCGAGGUCAGCUGGUGGGGCUGGAGGAAUGCAGAUGAUGAACACCUUGUCCAGUCUGUAGCCAAAGCCUGUGCCUCAGAUUCGAGGUCCAACAGUAACAAGUUAAUGAAUGGAAAUUGUUCCAGAGAUUUCUCCAAUGGAGGGGACCUCUCUGAUGUGGAAUUUGAUUCCUCAAUCUCUAAUGCUUCAGGAGCAGAGAGUUUGGCAAUACAGCCUCAGAAGCUUUUGAUCUUAGACGCACGAUCUUACGCAGCGGCUGUGGCGAACAGAGCCAAAGGUGGAGGCUGUGAGUGCCCAGAAUACUAUCCGAACUGUGAAGUGGUGUUCAUGGGGAUGGCAAACAUUCACUCCAUCCGGAAGAGCUUUCAGUCGCUGCGUUUGCUCUGCACACAGAUGCCAGAUCCAGGAAACUGGUUAUCGGCUCUGGAAAGCACCAAAUGGCUGCAGCACUUGUCUGUGCUCCUGAAAUCCGCGCUACUCGUAGUUCACGCUGUGGACCGAGACCAGCGACCAGUCUUGGUGCACUGCUCGGACGGCUGGGACCGAACCCCCCAGAUUGUGGCGCUGGCCAAGCUGCUGCUCGAUCCCUACUACAGGACCACAGAGGGUUUCCAGGUGCUAGUGGAGACGGAGUGGCUGGAUUUUGGCCACAAGUUUGCAGAUCGCUGUGGCCAUGGUGAGAAUUCGGAUGACCUAAAUGAGCGCUGCCCAGUGUUUUUACAGUGGCUGGACUGCGUCCAUCAGCUCCAGAGGCAGUUCCCUUGCUCUUUCGAGUUUAACGAAGCAUUCCUUGUGAAACUGGUGCAGCACACCUACUCUUGCCUCUUUGGUACAUUCCUGUGCAACAACGCGAAAGAGAGAGGAGAAAAACACACUCAGGAACGGACCUGUUCUGUCUGGUCUUUGCUGCGGGCAGCAAACAAAGCCUUUAAAAACCUGCUCUACUCCUCCCAGUCCGAAUCCGUGCUGUACCCCGUCUGCCACGUGCGGAACUUGAUGCUCUGGAGCGCUGUUUACCUGCCCUGCUCGUCCCCCUCCACGCCUGCGGAUGACACCUGCGCCCCAUACCCUGCUCCUCCCCUGCUUUUGGAUUCUGAUGAUUUGUGCCUUUGUAGGUUACCAAAGACAAGAUCAUUUGACAAUCUGACAACAGCCUGUGAUAGCAGCGUGCCUACAGCCAACCGACGUAGCAGCGACCCCAGCCUCAACGAGAAGUGGCAGGGGCACCCCCCGUCCGAGCACCGCUGCUCCCUGGAGCUGAGCAGCCUGGGGAACCCCGGGGACGACCCCUUCGAUGGAGACAGCCUGAGCAGACCAGGCAGGCCGCCGCUUGGGGCAGAGCUUUCUGUUGCAGCUGGCGUGGCGGAGGGGCAGAUGGAGAACAUUUUGCAAGAGGCCACUAAAGAUGAUGUUGGUUUGGAGGAGCACUCUAGGGGUAGCCUGGAGACAGCAGGUAAAGGGGGUGAGGUGGCCCUGGAUAAGGAGAGGAGAACUGAACAUCUGCGUGGGUAUGUCGGUGACCGCUGUGAAAAGGCUGAGGCGGAUAAAGGUAUCGCGCUGAACAAUCCAGCAUCCAGUCCCCAGCCAGGGGCACAAGGCGCUUCGGCGCUGAGAGGACAGCAGGGUGAGCAUGCUGAUCUCGGUAGCACUGUCCAGAAGUUACCUCAGGUGAAGGGACUGCAGGCCCUUCCUCUGGAGGGCUUUGUAAAUAGAGACGCGCAGAAGAAUGCGGAGGAAGAAGGGGUUAGCGAACUUGAAGGAGAAGCAGAGAGCCCGUACAGUACAGUGCAGGCCGCCCUGCUCUUACCUCUGACAAUCCCGCACGAGGCAGGAACAUCCAGCAUCGACAGCUCUACGGAAACCUUAACAGAGAGUGAAGAGCUCAGCCCGAAGGGUCCUUGCCAUCGACCUCACCCCAUCGACAACAGCGCUGAUGAACUUUCUCGAACUGUUGAAAACAGGCUAGGGGAGGAGAGCCUGCUAGAGCUGCAAAAACUGGGCACAAAAGUACACAGGACUUCUGGUAGCAGCAACCCACACAUCCCGAUGCCUUCCCCUUGUGCCUUGCCUUUAGCUGAAUGUAAAGAGGAGGUGGUGUGUAACGGAGAGCCGGAGCCUGAGAACAAGGUGGCAGAGAAGCCCGUGGGGUUUAGUGUCACCCAGAAGUACCCGGCGACAAACGGGCACUGCGUGAACGGAGAGGACGGUAGGGCCAAGGCCUCUCUGAGUCGGCAGGUCUCCGCAGCUAGCUGUAGUUCCGCACAGCUGCACUUCAGGAACUUGCCCCAGAAGUGGCUGUUCAGUCACCUGGGUGAGCAGCAGGCAGCCAGCAGCCCCGACCAGCCUGCCAGGAGCCACCUGGACGACGACGGAAUGCCCGUCUACACCGAUGUCAUCCAGCAGCGCCUGCGCCAGAUCGAGACCGGCCACCAGCAAGAAGUGGAGACCUUGAAGAAGCAAGUGCAGGAGUUGAAGAGCCGGCUGGAGAGCCAGUUCCUGAACAGCUCCCUGCGCCUCAACGGUGAUUAUGGAGACGAAGUGGUGACCCGAUGGCUUCCAGACCACCUCGCCGCGCACUGCUACGGCUGCGACAGCGCGUUCUGGCUUGCCAGCAGGAAGCACCACUGCAGGGACGUUGAACGUGUUGGUCAGACCUGGAAUUGUGGAAACGUGUUCUGCUCCAGCUGCUGUAACCAGAAGGUGCCCGUUCCCAGUCAGCAGCUCUUUGAGCCCAGCAGAGUCUGCAAGGCGUGCUACAGCAGCUUACACCCCAGCGGCUCCAGCCUGGAUCUCGAACUGGAGAAGCCCAUGCCGGGAGGACAAACUGCUGUUUGGGAACCUGUUGCUGCUAGAAGACACGGGAGUCUCUUUCCCAGGAGAGUGCUCUCCAUCUCUGUGCUCAGAGUGGGCUUAGUUACCCUGGCUGCGGGGAGGGGGGCCGAGCGGAUCUCCAUGGGCGUGGUUCGUUGCCAGCAGCCCUGCGGCCGCGGCUCGGGGCGGGAGCACCCGGACAGCGCUGGCUGA